AUGGAUAUAGAUAUAUGGCAUGAAGACGAAUACAAUAUAUCAACAAACAUCCAAUUUAACUACACCUUCUUCGACACCGUCAACAACAUCUUCCACAAUAACGCUUCCGACCACGAUGACAUCUACCACUCGUUCUACGACAGCUUCUACUACAGAGUGCACACAUUCAACAUCUACAUCGUCUUCUUCGCAUCCAACGCACCCAACACAUCCAACACAUCCAACGCACCCAACGCAUCCAACGCAUCCAACGCAUCCAACGCAUCCAACGCAUCCAACGCAUCCAACGCAUCCAACGCAUUCAACGGAUCCAACGCAUCCGACGCAUCCGACGCAUCCGACGGAUCCGACGCAUCCGACGCAUACAACGCAUCCAACGCAUUCAACGCAUUCAACGCAUCCAACCCAUUCAACGCAUCCAACGCAUCCAACGCAAACAACGCAUCCAACACAUCCGACGCAUCCAACGCAUCCGACGCAUACAACGCAUCCAACGCAUCCAACUCAUCCAACGCAUUCAACGGAUCCAACGCAUCCAACGCAUCCAACGCAUCCACCGGAUCCGACGCAUCCAACGCAUCCAACGCAUCCGACGCAUACAACGCAUCCAACGCAUCCAACUCAUCCAACGCAUUCAACGGAUCCAACACAUCCAACGCAUCCAACGCAUCCAACGCAUCCAACGGAUCCAACGCAUCCGACGCAUCCAACACAUCCAACGAACACGACACAUACCACUCGUUCUACGACACCUUUUACUACAAAACAUACACAUUCGACAACGCGGUCUACAUCAUCAUCUUCCGCACUAACGCUUCCAACGAUAACAACACCUACCACUCGUUCUACGACUGCGUUUACUACAAAGCCUACACAUUCGACAACGAGGACUACAUCGUCUUCUUCGCAUCCGACGCAUCCAACGGAUCCAACGCAUCCGACGCAUCCAACACAUCCAACGAACACGACACAUACCACUCGUUCUACGACACCUUUUACUACAAAACAUACACAUUCGACAACGCGGUCUACAUCAUCGUCUUCCACACUAACGCUUCCAACGAUAACGACACCUACUACUCGUUCUACGACAGCUUUUACUACAAAGCCUACACAUUCGACAACGCGGACUACAUCGUCAUCUUCGCAUCCAACGCAUCCACCGGAUCCGACGCAUCCAACGCAUCCAACGCAUCCAACGCAUCCGACGCAUCCAACACAUCCAACGAACACGACACAUACUACUCGUUCUACGACACCUUUUACUACAAAACAUACACAUUCGACAACGCGGUCUACAUCAUCAUCUUCCACACUAACGCUUCCAACGAUAACAACACCUACCACUCGUUCUACGACUGCGUUUACUACAAAGCCUACACAUUCGACAACGAGGACUACAUCGUCUUCUUCGCAUCCAACGCAUCCAACGGAUCCAACGCAUCCGACGCAUCCAACACAUCCAACGAACACGACACAUACCACUCGUUCUACGACACCUUUUACUACAAAGCAUACACAUUCGACAACGCGGUCUACAUCAUCAUCUUCCACACUAACGCUUCCAACGAUAACAACACCUACCACUCGUUCUACGACAGCGUUUACUACAAAGCCUACACAUUCGACAACGCGAACUACAUCGUCUUCUUCGCAUCCGACGCAUCCAACGCAUCCAACGGAUCCAUCGCAUCCGACGCAUCCAACACAUCAAACGAACACGACACAUACCACUCGUUCUACGACACCUUUUACUACAAAACAUACACAUUCGACAACGCGGUCUACAUCAUCAUCUUCCACACUAACGCUUCCAACGAUAACAACACCUACCACUCGUUCUACGACUGCGUUUACUACAAAGCCUACACAUUCGACAACGCGGACUACAUCGUCUUCUUCGCAUCCGACGCAUCCAACGGAUCCAACGCAUCCGACGCAUCCAACACAUCCAACGAACACGACACAUACCACUCGUUCUACGACACCUUUUACUACAAAGCAUACACAUUCGACAACGCGGUCUACAUCAUCAUCUUCCACACUAACGCUUCCAACGAUAACGACACCUACUACUCGUUCUACGACAGCUUUUACUACAAAACCUACACGUUCGACAACGCGGUCUACAAGAGUCCCAUCUACAACAACUUCGAGAUCAACAAUUUCGGCAGUAACGUUUCCAACAGUGACGACAAGAGUCCCAAUUAUGAAUUUUAA